CACAGACCUCGAUGAACAAGAUCGAUGAUACGACUCGUCUCAUGUCGCACCCGCACAUAACCGGAAAAGCGCGGGAAACUCCUGACUCCUCUGGCGCCAAACGCCUCCCUAAAUCCCAAAUCCCUGCAUAUUUACAUUAAUACCCCUCUCAGUUCCAUGUGCCCGCUCUUCCGAUUCGAAUCCUUAUCUCCACUCAUCAGAAACCCUAGUUCCUACAAUCCGAUCGAAAGGAAAUGAAUUUACCAGGAUUGUCUGCGAUAUGUGCCGGCCUUGGAUUCGCUGAAGAGGAUGAAAACGGCAUCCAGAUCGGAUAUACGAAGAGCGAACUCUGCUUAGAUAAUUUGAAGGAUCUGCAGAGAUUUCUGCGACGUGAUGACCCGCAGACUCGAGAUGUUUUCAAGCAGGUCUGCAAAUGGAACACGGUCUCACAAGAUCUGAUUCCGAUCAUCGAACAGUACCAGAAUGAUCGCAAUUUGGUAAUUAAUGCAGUGAAGGUUUUGGUAUUCCUUACUAUGCCCAUUGAUCCUGCAUCAAGCGACAUUUCCCAACAGAUUGAGUAUCUUUGGACCUUAAAGAAAGCUACCACACGGAAUGACACGAUCGCAGUAAUUGUCUCUCUUCUAGAAGAUCCGUUGGAGCAUUUGGAACGUGAGGCUUUCACAGAGGAUGACUGGAAGUUGGUUCAGCUGGUGGUUACUUUGUUUCGGAAUAUUCUUGCUAUCCAAGAAAUUUCACUGCAACAGAAAGCAUCCGGAUCUGCCACGCAGUUUUUGUGUUUGAGAGACAGAUUUCUAGAGCUCUUGUUUCAUGAAAAUGUUAUGGAUCUGAUCAUAGUUCUGACACAACAUGUUGCUGGUUCGUGUGGCUAUCUCCGUGAAGAUAAUCUCCUUUUACUUGAGACUUUCCAUUACAUAUUUUUGGGCCAAGAUCCAGAGCUGAUUGCCAAAGCAUCACAGAAGGGCUCCAAGCUGCAGGUAGAUGGAGACAUCAAAACAUCUAUAAACUCUCUUCAGUCCAUGAUGGAGGAGGAGGAAGAGAAAAGAAGGCUCAUUAGGCUACGGAACUUGGAUCGCCAUUCACAGUUCAGUGGAACAUUCACCCGUCUUGCGAUGGAUGGUUCUAAGUCAUUAUUCAAGGGCAAUCCAGCUGCUGCUUCUUGUGAUGGCUUGCUCAAAGCUCAUAAGGUUCAAAGAGGUCCACUAAAAAGAAUUGCCUGGGACCAUGGAAGUUUGUCUUUGCCUAAGGAAAACAUUUUGGAAUUGCUUCACAAUUUUGUGAACCAGUUCUUAUCUGGGGGUUAUAAUGUUUUGAUGCAGUCCAUCCGUGAAGAUAUUGAAAAAGAACAUCAUGCAAUUCAGAGCAGCGAUGUCAUUGUUUUUUUCGAGGUCGCUCAUUUUGUUACAGCUUUUCAACAUCACAAGUUUUCAAUUUCAAAGUCAAACAUGGAAAGUUCCACAUCUGAAGCAUCUUUUGUCAAUAAAAAUGCUGAUAGCACACUAUUCCGUGGAGAUGCCUGUGGACCAAUUGCAGCAACAAUGAAUGAAGCCAUGUUCUUAUUAGUCAUAUCUAAGUGGCGUGAAGCUUUUGAUGGCUUGAAGGAAACUAAAGCUUACAAGUUUUUGUCUGCAGCAGGAUCUCUUAUGAAAGGCAUGAUUCACAUGCUAGAUUUGGUGCUUAAGUUACUGCCAGAAGAUUCAAAAGAACCUCAAACAGCUCGCAUCCUUCUUUAUAAGAUUUUUUAUGAUCAGACAGAUCAAGGGAUGACUCAAUUCCUGGUGAACCAGAUCAGAUCUUUUGAUGCUCAUAAACAGUCUAAAAGUGAUCUUGCAGAUUUGGUGGAAGUGAUACAUAUAGUUUUACGGCUUAUGGAGAACCUUCAAGCACGCGGUACAUUAAGGGUUUCUAAAAAAUCCAGGAAGGCUAGAAAAAAAAUUCAGGGGAACAAAAAUGUGACAGAAGUUGAGAAGAUGGUAGAAGAGGAUGUCAGUGCGCCCAAAGCUGAUGGCUCAAAUCAUCACAUUGCCAAUUCAACUAGAGAACAGGUAGAAAAGAUGGUAGAAGAGGAUGCCAGUGUGCCCAAAGCUGAUGAUUCAAGUCAUGACAUUGCCAAUUCUACUGGAGAACAGGUAGAAAAGAUGGUAGAAGAGGAUGCCAGUGUGCCCAAAGCUGAUGAUUCAAGUCAUGAAAUUGUCAACUCAACUGGAGAACAGGUAGAAAAGAUGGUAGAAGAGGAUGCCAGUGUGCCCAAAGCUGAUGAUUCAAGUCAUGACAUUGCCAAUUCUACUGGAGAACAGGUAGAAAAGAUGGUAGAAGAGGAUGCCAGUGUGCCCAAAGCUGACGAUUCGAGUCAUGGCAUUGCCAAUUCUAUUGGAGACCCAGUUGUGGAUUUAAACAAUUCAACUGAGGACCAUUUGGAAAAAAGUUCUAAUGGGAAAGAAGAAAGCUCCUCGGUCCCUUGUCAGACUGAGGAGCCAGAAAUGCCCUCGCUGGAUGCAUGCAAACUUGGAGAUGAUUCAGUUCAGAUGGAUAAUGAAAAGGCUGAUAAUGGUCUUAAUGAUCUGGCAUAUGGAACAGGUGAUUCUUCUGAUGAUGAUCAGUUGCCUGCUAUGAAUGAAGUUGAUUUUAGUGUAUACAAAUUGGUUGCCACAUUUGCAAACAACACCAUUAUUCAAAAUUUAUGUUGGUUGCUGAAGUUCUAUAAAAGCAACUCUUCGAGUACAAAUCACUACAUAAUGUCCAUGCUGCGGAGGAUUUGUGAAGAUUUGGAGCUUGCCCCGAUGCUAUAUCAGUUAUCGCUCCUCACCACAUUCUACGAUAUCUUGAGGGACCAGAAAUCAUACCCUUGCAAGGAAUAUGAAAAUAUUGUUUCCUUUCUUACAAAACUGGUGAGGAAACUGAUGAAGAAAAUGAAAAGCCAGCCCCUACUUUUCGUGGAAGUACUCUUCUGGAAGACACGCAAAGAAUGCCACUACAUCAAUUCCGAAUUUUUGUUACAUGAGCUGGGCAACUUGAAGAAAGAAAGUUGUAAGUGGGGAAGCAUGUCAGUUGAGGAAGAAGAGAGUGACACAUCAAAUGGCGAGGGAGGGUUAGCUAGAAGAAGCUUGGCAGAUGCUCUUGGUGAAGACGAACAUGAUUUUGUGAUUUCACAGGAGAUCAAUCAUCAGACGGAGGACAAUGCAUCCAUCAGGAAUAUUCCGAAGGCUUUGCACAAAACCAAAGAUGAUCACAGUUCCUGGGAACAUGAAUCUCAAAAGGCUUCUAAAAGAAGGAAGAGUCUUGUUUUUGAUGAAGACCAGGAGAAGAAUAUAAAAAAUCUUUAUGAGAAGUACAAGGAUAAUCGACAGUGCAGCCAUCUUAUUGCAGAAGCCCUUGAUCCAGAUGGAAAAGUUUCUCCUUCUCAAGUUUCUUGUAAGCUUAAGCAGCUAGGGCUCAAGGUUGCUUCAAAGAAAAAGAUGCCCAAUGUCGAUGAGCCUUUUUCAGGUGGAGAUGAUCAAGUCAGGGCUGGGCAUUCAAAGAGUGCCACCAGUGCUCAACUUCCCUCAAACGAAUUGGAAAAUGGUUCUUUGCCAAGAAAUUCCUUUACUAGUUCUAGAAAAAGAAUACAGGCCUUCAGCAAAGAGCAGGAGAUGAUGGUGAAAGACCUAUUUGAACAGUUUAAAAGUCAUAAGAAGUGUAGUCACAUGAUUGCAAAUGCACUGGAUGCUGACAACACAUACACGGCAGCCCAAGUUUCCCGCAAACUCAGGCAACUUGGCCUACGAGUUCCUCAAAAGAAGAGGCAGUUAGAAGCCACAUAUAUUUCAGGACAAGAUGGCAAAGAUUUAGUUGACACUGACAGCAAAGAGCCAUCAGAUGAAGAAGCAUCAAUGUCACUAAAGGAAAGGUAUCGAAAUAAGAGGCAGUUUGAAGCCACAAAUCUUUCAGGACAAGAUGAUGCUAAAGAUUCAGUUGCCAUUGACAGAGAAGAGCCAUCAGAUGAAGAAACCUUGUUGUCACUAAAGGAAAGGAGAAAAGGCAAGGUGAGUAGCAAGUUAGUCAAUAAGGAAGCUACCACGAAUGGUGCAUCCAAACGGAAGUUCGAAACAACAUUAUCACAUGAGGAUGAUGGAGAUGAUGAAAUUUUAAGUGCUAUUUUCAAGAAAAGUGGAAAGAAAGUUCCUCCCAAGCCAAAGGGUGACAAGCUCAAGACCCCCUCAGUUCAGGAAACAGCAAGUGGCAACGAGUCAGCAACUAGAGCUCCUGUGAUAGAAAGGUAUGAUAUCUCUCCAUCUUCAUUGAGAUCUCAUGCUGUUAACGGAUAGCACGGAACCUCCCUGUGGCAGUGGCACUCUUUGCCCGACUUGGGAGGAACCCCCAGCAGUAAACUCUCAGGGCCCAUUUGGUUACCAUCAAAGUUUAAUUCGGAUGGUUGUCCAGCUAGGCCUGGCUGAAUGGAUUUGUCUGGAUAGACUAUUCUGCUGUACUUACUGCUGUUCUCCAAACACCGGGUCUCGUUAAGCAUCUAAAUCUCAAAAGGAUAAGAGUCAGACACCCAAAUCGCUAGUUGUAGAUUCUUGCUGAUUCUGCUUUCUGUCUCAGUGGAGAAAUUGCCCAAGAUGAUGCAGCAGGACCUUCACAGAUGGAUGUUGGUGCAGCAAUUGACCUUGCCGACUUGGUCGAUGCAAAUGCUAAGCUGGCAAAAAUUGAUGGUGAAAAGCAGCCAGAUGAAGUACCCAAAGAGGGUGUAGAACUUUCAGCCGCUGUAGACUACCUGCCAAAUCAGCAAACAUACGAUGAGCUGGAAGACUCAGGUGAUGAUAUGGGGGCUGUGGUACCAAAGAACAUUACAUCGAGAAGGAAACUCAGGAUGGUAAUUGAUUUUGAGGAUGAUGAGUAAGGUUGCAAUGAACAAGGCCUUGACCCUUCAUGUGAUUUUGCCAUCUGCACUACUGUUUUUACUUAUGAUCUGAUGCGAGAAUGUUAUUAGUAAAUGUUGUAACAGAUGAACAGAAAAUAAAUAAAAAUAGUGAGAAGUGUUUGCUAAUGGAA